AAAAUCCAACAAGACCGUUGAAAACUCAGACCUCCCACUCCCACAUAAAGUUCGAAUAUAACUAGAAAUAAAAACUCGUGCAACGAAGGGAAAAAUGGAGAAGAAUCAGAUCUGGCUAGCCUUUGGGACUCUAACCCUGCUGUUCCUAUCAGUUAUAGCUGAAGAUGUCGUUGUGCUAACAGAGGAAAACUUCGAUAAGGAGGUUGGCCAAGAUAGAGGAGCACUUGUUGAGUUCUAUGCACCUUGGUGUGGGCACUGUAAAAAGCUUGCUCCUGAAUAUGAGAAGCUUGGUGCAAGCUUUAAGAAAGCUAAGUCUGUUUUGAUUGGCAAGGUGGAUUGUGAUGAGCAGAAGAGCAUAUGCAGCAAAUAUGGGGUUUCAGGGUACCCAACAAUUCAAUGGUUCCCUAAGGGAUCUUUGGAACCCAAAAAGUAUGAAGGGCCACGUACAGUAGAGUCUCUUGCCGAGUUUGUGAAUAGUGAAGGAGGGACCAAUGUGAAGAUAGCUGCUGUUCCAUCCAAUGUUGUGGUGCUAACAACUGAUAACUUUGAUGCGUUAGUCUUGGAUGAGUCCAAAGACGUUUUGGUUGAGUUUUAUGCUCCCUGGUGUGGUCAUUGCAAAAACCUUGCUCCUACAUAUGAAAAGGUGGCCACAGCUUUUAAGAUGGAAGAAGAUGUGGUUAUUGCUAAUCUGGAUGCCGACAAGUACAAGGAUCUGGCUGAAAAGUAUGGAGUAAGUGGUUAUCCUACAUUGAAGUUCUUCCCCAAGAGCAACAAAGCUGGUGAAGAUUAUGAGGGUGGCAGAGAUUUAGACGACUUUGUCUCUUUCAUCAAUGAAAAGUGUGGUACCAGUCGUGAUGGAAAAGGACAGCUUACAUCAAAAGCUGGUAUAAUUGCACACCUGGAUGCUUUGGUAAAGGAGUUUGUAGCUGCUAGCAGUGAUGAGAAGAAGGCAGUUUUUGCCAAGAUAGAAGAGGAAGUUGGGAAGCUACAGGGUUCCACUGCAAGGUAUGGAAAGAUUUACCUGAAAGUUGCAAAGAAUUAUAUGGACAAGGGUUCUGAGUAUGCCAACAAGGAGAUUGAUAGGCUUCAGCGCAUGCUUGACAAGUCAAUCAGCCCAGUGAAGGCAGACGAAUUCACCCUGAAGAAAAAUAUUCUAUCAGCAUUUGCUUGAUUAAGCGGACCAUUGUAUUGCUGUCAUCUCACACAGGACAGUGGUUAAUUUUAAUCUGUUUGAUGGAGAUUGGUGGAUCAGUGCUGCCUGAUGAGACCAUAAAAUUGAUUUGAGCAGAGGUUUUCUAACACUGAUGAUCUAUAGGCCUUUGAUGUUAUUAAAUGAGCCCAUCUGUGCGGUACUGAAAAGCGGAUCCCUUUAUUAAGAGUAGUAAAAGUAAUUGGUGUCUUCAUUGAACGCUACUUUUGUUUACACAUUUUCAAUUUUCAGAUGAAGUAUAUUUUCUACAGGCAA